AAUUCUAUACGACGACAACAAUCACGCCACAUCUCUUUAGAAUAACAACACAGUAAAAUAAGCCUCAAAAAUGCACAAAUUACUCCCACGAUUGUAUUCAAGCAGUGAUAUUCAACAAGGAGAUCAUGAUGACCCAUCCUCACCUACACUCACCCAAUUCCAUCUAUUCCCCAGGAUUCCCACAGAACUGCGCUACAAAAUAUGGCAUCUAGCCAUCCUCCCUCGCGUCUUAGAACCCUCCUUAGAUUUCCCCAAUGAUGAACAAAAAGCGCAAUAUCCCCGUCGCAGACCACCUCCAGCCCUUUUCUUCACGACCCAAGAAAGUCGUCUCAUCUGCCUCGACGAAUAUAUUGUCCAAACACUCCGCAACAAACCUUUCUAUAUCCACCGCCGUCUUGAUACACUCUUUCUCCCAAUCAGCAACCGAAUUUCCGAAGAUCUUUCACGCACCGAGCCCUUCUAUGGCUGGCUCAUCUCCCAAAUUUCCACCCUCGCCCUCGAAAUCUCCGUCGAUCCUGCAUUAUUGAACCUCAGACCAUCCUCAAAAUCUUUCCGUGUCUUGCCUCCCAGAGCCGCUAUCAUUCCAUCCCUCGAUGGAUAUAUGUGGAUGUAUUCUCUCACCUCCCCAUCCACAAUCCUCUACCUCACCUUUCAACUUAGCCCUGCGCGGCCAAGACCUCGCUCAACGCCCCCUCCACAGUCACCAUCUUCUCUAGAACCACUAUACUCCCCAUCGUCACCGAUUGACCAAUACUACGCAGAUAUUAACCAAUACGCAGACAGGACCAUCAUAACAGAAUACGAAGAGGAUUGCGAGACGAAUAUGCCAUGGUCGAAGCUUCUGCCCAAGCCUAAACUCGUACCAGAUCCCAUGGCCAUUACAAGAAGACAACAGAUGGCUUUGAGAUUGGAGAGCGAAAGAAUGGUUACGAAGAAUGUAAGUUAUAGGACACACAAGGUGAUCCGAGAAUGAAUGACAGUAAUGUUUGUACAAAUCAUGGAAGUGAAGUCGUGUCGUUCGGAUAUGAACGAUGGGGAAAGGAAUGCAUUAGCGAAGUAGUACUCGCGCUGCGAGGUGCAGCUAAGGAAUCUUGGGCGAUGCAGAGCAAGGCAAGUAAUUGAUUGAGAUAAGGGACGAAUUAUCCAUUUUGAAUUAUCACAAGGAUAGGCACAUUUUAUUGUAGCAUGGAUCAUGCACAUUCCAGUACACACAAUAUCAUACCAUCACACGCGUAAAGU